AUGUCGUCGCAGUACAUGAACGUCAGCUGGAAUAAUUACCACCGCCACUGGACAGUCUUUGUAACAGCGAGCAAGGUCGGCUUGAAACGUCGAAAAGGGCUCGGCAACUAUGACGAAGAGCAACUGGCAGCGCACGCCCAGGACCGCUUCUGGCGCGAGGCCGUGCCGUCGAUGUUCGCUGACAAGGCGAACUUCCCCGCGAUCAAUCCCCCCACCGACGCGGACAUCCGCGCCUUCGAGCACAUGUCCGCGGCGGACCAGGCCGCCAAGGCCGAGCGCGUCGCCAAGUCUCUGAAGGACUCGGCGAAGCGCGAUCGAGCGGCGAAUCGACGCCAACGGACGUCGAAAAAGCAGCGAGUCUCCAAAGACGACGACGCGUCCGACGACGAAGGCGCGCCCGUCGCGCCGCGGCGGUCUUCGGGCCAGUCGCGCAAGCAGAUCUCCUACGCCGAGGGCGACGACGACGACGACGCGUCCGACGCGUCCGCCGACGACGCCUCCAACGACGUCUCCAAAGACGAAGCCGCCGGCGCCGCGCCCGCCGGCGCCGCGCCCGCCGGCGCCGACGACGCCGACGACGGCGACGACUUCCACUGCGGCGCGUGCGCCCUCCGGGACACGCCGCUCAUGAUCCAGUGCGAGGACUGCGACCGCUGGUUCCACUUCGGUUGCGUGGACCUCACCUCCGAGACGGUCCCCGACCUGCACCGCGACCUCACGCUGGUGCUCACGAGCCAGAACAAGCACUACCGGUCCCUCCGGGUCUGCUUCCAGUCGUCCGUCGUCGACGUCGUCUUCCGCCUGCUGGCCUUUACGCUGACCGACGAGUUCUUCGAGGAGGACAACAAAGUCGCGUGCGCGAUGGCGUGGCUCGCGGAACUCGUCGAGACGGUCCACGACCCGAAGACGAGGCGGUUCCUCACGGCCAAAAGAGACAUCAUCUGCCGCAUCGUCGGACGCCUCGGAAACCGGCUUCUCGACUGCGGCUUCACGGUCCAGGAGGCCCGGCGCGAGCUGGACCUGCGCUACGACGUCCGCGACUACGGCGACGACGCGGGCGACGACGACGACGACGGCGGCGACGACGACGCGGGCUUCGCGCGGGGCCACGCGCUCGUGGCGCGGAACCCCCUUGACCACGAGCUCCUCGUGAACCUGGCCGCGUUCCUCGAGGUCUUCGUGGGAAAGAGCGACGCGAAGCGCUUCGCGCGCUGGGGCCGCGGCGUCGUCGGCGCGGCCUUUCGGCUGUCGCGCGACUACGAGCACGUGUCGGCGCUCUACGCGUUGGGCAACCUGGGCUGCCGGACGGCCGCCGCCGCGGGCGCGCUGGACCGCGACGACGCGCUGCUGCGGCUCUGCCGGUCGUUCGCGCGCGACGUCGCGCGGCGGCUGCCGGGCUUCCGCGACGAGCUGCUGGCGACGGCCUGCGCCGUCGCCCUCGACGCGCCGCCCUGCGUGCGGCGGCUCCAGCUCGGCGCGCUCGCGCCCGCGGCGGCGCACGCGCUCCGGCUCGGCCGCACGCACGCGCCGACGGCGCGCCGCGCGCUCGCGGCGCUCGCGGCGUGGCGCGCGGACGGCGCCGACGCCUUCCGCGACAGCGGCGCGCUGGCGGCGGUGCUGCCGGAGCUGGGCCACUACGCGCUGGCCGCGCGGUCGAGCGACGACGCGUUGGUGGUGGCGGACGCGCACCAGUCUUUGAAGGCGCGCGCGCGCGCGCGGCGCCUCGCCGAGGCCGCGAGCCGCCGCGACGCCCACGUCGGCGAGCGCGCCGCGCGCGAGCUCGCCGCCGCGGCGCUCAGGUUCGUCGCGUCGCUCGGCGGCGACGCGGAGGCGCUCGCGGGCGACGCGAGCGCGGCCGUCGCGGCCGCGGGCGACCGCGAGCCAAAGGCGGGCGCGCUGACCUUGGACCUCCCGGCGCUCUGCGUCGACGACGGGCCCCGGGAGUCGUGCGCCCUCGAGCUGCGCCUCGAUUCGGAAAUUUUGCCGCGCCUCGGCGUCCUCGCGGAAAGCGGCGGCUCCCGGCAGACGCGCGUGCUCGCGGCGGAGGCGCUCCACGGCGUCGUGCUCGCGGCGCUGGGCCGCACGGUGACGUCGGCGCGGUCCGACGACGGCCUCGACGCGACGGUCUACGCGACGGCCUGGCCAUUCGUCGUCAAGCUCGCCGCGCACGACGACGCCGUCACGCGCGCGCUCUUCCGCGAGCUCGUCUUCCAGUGCUGCCGCAAGCUCUCCGAGUACGGCGGCGUCGACGCGCGCCGGGGCACGGUGCCCGAGACGACGCGCGUCGCCGAGCGCUUCGUGCAGACGCUCUUCAAGGCGCUCCACGGCGAGCCGCUCGCGGGCGGCGGCGGCGACGCGGGAAACCUCCGCGCGACGGCGGCCGCCGCGCUCGCGGAGUACGUCAAGUACGCCAUCAAGCACCGGAACGAACGCGAGCUCGCGGAUAUCGCGUCGCGGAAGCGGGCGCGCGCCGACGGCGGCUUCGACGCCGUCGGGUUCAUCUUCACCAAGGUCGCGUUCGACGUCGGGCAGCGCGACUCGGCCAAACGGCGCCUCGGCGCGGCCUGCGCGCUCUGCAAGCUCAUCCGCCACGUGCGGUCCCACGACCCGCUGCUGAGCCGCUUCGGGCUGGCGCUCCUCAAGGGCGCGCUCCUCGCGGUGCGCGGCGCGGACGGCGACGACGACGGCCUGCACAAGGCCGCGGCCGCGGCCGCGAGCGCCGCGGCGGAGCGCCUCGCGCUGCGCAUCGCGGACCACGUGUCGCGCAAGAAGGACGCGGCGGGGCUGCUCGCGCCGCCGCCGGACGACGUCCUGCGGGCGGCGCCGGAGUCCCUGGGAGAGCUCGCGGACUGGGUCUUUGCGGAGGGCGCCGCGCACGGCGACUCGACGUUCCGCCGGCGCUGCUGGCGCACGCUCGCGUCCAUCGCGCCCCUCGUCGCCGGCGCCGACGAAAACCGCUUCGCCGGCGCGACCCUGCGCGCCUUCGUCGACGAGCGGCUCGACGCUUUGGGGGCUUCCGCGCUCUUUCGCGGCGACGCCGUCGCGACGCUGCACGCGCUGCGCGCGUUCCUGGACCAGGGCCUGCUGGACGCGGCGCGCAUUUUGGACUGGGCCGACGAGGGCCGCUGCGACGCCUUCGCCCUCGCCGCCGCGGCCUUCGACGACGCGCGCGCGCGGUACGCCGGCGACCGCAUGGACGACGACGACGACGACGACGAGCGCGCGGCCGAGCGCGCGAAGCGGCGCCGCUGCGAGGGCCUGCGCAUGGGCGCGUCGUUGAUGGCGGCCCUGCUCCGGGCGGCGCCGGCGCGAGCGAAGGCCGGGGUCGAGGGAGCGGGGCUCUGGACGGAGCCGGCGCUGCGCGGCCUCGUCGCGGCCGUCCUGGCGCCGGACGCGCGCGGCUGCCUCCUCGCGGCGGACGUCGACGAGGCCGUCGCGUCGAAGCUGCCCAAGGCCGUCGCCGACUUCCUCGAGGCCGGGGCGGACGCCUUCGGCGCCGCCGCGAGCCGGGCCGCCGUCGACGCGGAGCUCGCUCGCCGCGCGCCGCUCUGGCGGCCGCUGCCGAACUCGCAGAGCUCCGACGGCGAGACGCGCGAGAGCAGCGGCGGCACGGACGACGCGCGCCUGUCGUCGCCGGGCGACCCGGCGGACCGCGACGCCGCGCGGGCCCGGGCCGCGCGCGCCGUCGACGCCGCGCUCCGCGGCGGCGACGACGACGCCGCGCUCCGCGCGACGCGGCUCCUGCCCCACCUCGUCGCGGGCUACGCGCGCAACGCGCCGCUGUCGGCGGCGCCCGACGCCGCGCGCAAGGGCGGCGCGCGCGGCGACGCGCGCGGCGCCGUCGACGCGACCGCGGCGCUCGACGGCCUCGGGAAGCGGCUCACGGACACGAUGCCGCUCAAGGCCGAGGACCUCGACGACACGCCCGAGGCGCGCGCCGAGUUCCCCGAGGCGCGGCGCCGCCGCUUCGAGGCGCAGCACCGCGCUGUCGCCGCGGCCUACGCCGCCUGCGCGGCGCCGCGGCUCCUGGACGUCGUCGAGGCGCGGCUCGCGCCGGCGACGCGGCUGGCGACGGGCGCGCCGGGCGCCUCGCGGGGCGCCGCGGCGCUCCGCGACGGCGUUGUAGCAUCCCUGCGCGACGCCGCGCGGUCCGCGGCCCUCGGCGCCGCCGCGGGCGACGGCGGCGGCCUCGUCGGCUUCUGCCUGGACGCGCUCGCGCGCUGCGGCGCGCUCGACGGCGGCGUCAAGCCGCGCGGGACGGAGCGGAAGCGCGCGGCCGCCGCCUGGUUCCGCCGCGCGGUCCUCGACGGCGCCCUGCGACCGGCCCUGCGGCGCGCCGCGCCGGCGACGCUCCGGGCGCUGCUCGUGUCGCCCGCGGACGCGCCGGGAGGCGACUCGAAGAAGCGGAAGCUCACGCCGGAGACGACGGUCGUCGCCGCGUGCGCGGCCCUCGUCCUCCCGGCGGACGGGUCCUCCUUCCUCGACGGCCUCUUCGACGCGUCGGGGGCCUACGACGCGGCCGCGGCGCCCUUCAAGCUCGUCGCCGGCGACGCGGCGCUCGCGGUGCUCGAGGCCGCGUUCGACGGCCUCGACGGCCUGUCGAACAAGGGGUCGACGAACUCGCUCUACGGUCCGUUCGCCGCUCUAGUAGCGCGGUGCUGCGAGCGGAACGACACCUGGCUCACGCGGUCCCUGGCGAACAAGGCGCUCCGGUGCCUCAAGGACAUCAUCCGCGAGUCGCGGGGGAGCGCGCGCCAGGCCAGCGAGCUGCUCUUCGCGAUCGCGCGCGUGCCGGCGGCCGAGAUGCCGGACCGCGACGUCCUCAAGGCGCUCGAAUUCUCCCUGCCGAAGCUCCUCGGCGAGUCGACGCGGCUCCGGUCCGAGCUCGACGGCAUGGCGGGCGUCGGGCCCGCCGUCCAGCUCAUGACGCUCCAGCUGCUCCUGCGGCGCGCCGACGCGCUCGCGGACGUCGACGACGGCGGCGCGGCGCGCGUCCGACGGAUCGUCGUCCACGGGUGCCCCGCGGCGCUCGAGACGUCGCUGCUGGCCACGUGCCCCGACGCGGGCGUGCGGGCCCUGGGCUACGAGGUGCUCAUGAAACUCCACGACAAAUGCUACCCCGCGGAGCCGGGCGGCGCGCGCGCGGCGCCGCGCGGCGGCGGCGAGACCGCGGCGCGGACGCGCGAGGCGCUCCUCCGGGGCCUCGCGGACCCCGACGCGUCGGGCAUGCUCGACAAGCCCGACGGCGCCGACGAGCCCGUGGCGCCGCGGGCGCUGUCGACCGAGGAGGCCGCGGCGCUCGACGGCGACGGGUUCGCGCUCAUGGACGAGGACCCGGACCCGCCGCCGCCGCCGGUCGUCGUCGACCUCACGGAGCGGACGUCCGUCGCCGCGCCCGAGCGGCGGGGCGUGCGCCGCAUGGUCUACGACUACUGGCGCGCGCGCCUCGGCGGCGGCCUCCAGCGGCGCCUCGACGACGUCCUCGAGGAGCUCUUCGCGGCCGGCGACGGGCUCCCGCACCGGUCGGCCGCGUUUUUGCUGCUCGCGCCCGGCGCGCGCGGCGCGGCGUGGCGCGCGCCCCUCCAGCGCGACGAGCUCGACAUGGAGUGGAAGGGCGUGAAGCUCGACAUGGACUGGAUCGGCUCCGCCGACGCGACGCUCCGGCCCGCGCUCUCCGCGGAGGCGACCGCGUCCGCGAGCCAGCGAGGCGCGUCCGCCGCGAGCCAGAACGCGAGCCAGCAGUGCGCGAGCCAGCUCUUCGGCGACCUCGCCGACGACCGCGUCCGGCGGCGCGCCCUGCGGGCGACGCAGGCCGACAGCCAGGCGGACGUCGACGCGACGCAGGCGUCGCUGAGCGACGACAACUACCGCGGGCGCGGCGUCGCGCUCGACACGCAGCUCCUCUUCGGCGGCGGCGCGGCGCCGCCGCGGCGCGCGCCGCCCGGCGCCGGCGCGCCGGAGGACGCCGCGGCGCUGGAGGCGCGCCUCGCGCGGCGCACGGUGUCCUUCGCGCCGGAGCCCGCGCGGCGGGACCGGGCGCCGCGCGAGGGCAAGGUCGUGCUCUACCGCGAGUACCACAAAAACGAGAUGCCGAACAUCACGAUCUCGCGCGCGGACGUCUUCCGGCCCCUGCUCCAGCUCGCGCUCCGCGACGGCGCCGUGGCGUCGGCGCUCCUCGCGCAGGUCGUGGGCGCGUGCUACGCGCGCCGGACCGCGGCGCGCCGGCGGCAACGGCUCGCGGCGGCGCUCGCGGGCCUGCUCGCGGGGCCCGGCGACGGCGCGCCCCUGGCGCCGGAGCUCGCGCGCGCGCUCCACCGCGCCGCGGCGACCUGCCUGGCGACGGCGGAGUCGCCGGACGACGCCCUCGCGGCCGCGCUCGACGGCGACGCGGUCGCCGCGGCGGCGGCCGCGGCGGGCGCGUACGAGACGGGCGCCGCGCUCCUCGAGCGGGCGCGCCUCGUGGCCUGCGGCGGGUCCUGCGUCCGCGGCGCCUUCGGCGCCUGCGACGCCGGCGCCGCGCGGCGCCUCCUGCGCCUCUACGCGCACGUCGACGCGCCCGUCGCCGCGGCGCUCGCGCGGACC